CAGAGUGUCAUAGCAACGGUGGACGCAAAGCAUCCAGAUUUUUGCACAUUCGUGACAUACUGUGCAUUGUGAUGAAGAACUAAACUAAUCCCACAUAAACUAAGUUCGUCUUUCAUAACAACGAGUUAGUGUCGAGUAAGCUGUGAGCCAAACUUGUCCAGGCUGCUUGCAGUUUCUUCUGCUGAGUUGGACACAAGGUGAAACAGUUUUAAACAUUAAGAUCAGACCACGAUGUCUUUCUUUGGACUCACUCAUCUAGGCUUCCAGAAUUCCUUAAGGGAAUAUUCGAAGGCUGCUAAAGAAGACCCAUAUCGUGGCUCACGCCAGUUUGAUUAUACAGCUUUACCGCCAUUAAAAGACAAAAACCCACCGACACGCUCUGUGGUUCCAGUCGACCAGGUUUCAGGUUACGGUUCGGGUCAUGAAGAUUCGUAUGUAGAACUUACAAGGAUGCGCUUCAAACAUCUCCGAAAUCCAAGGCCACCAACGUAUUUCUACUUCCAUCCACCCACAACAUCCUUAGAGGUAGGCUGGUGGAAUAAAGACAGCCCUCUUUCUGUUUCUCGACCUUGGACACAUGUUCAACGCAAACCUCAAAUCUACAGUGAAAUGACUAGAUUUGUUGACACGAUGGCUCUCACCAAUAAAGAUUUUAAGCUGUUUUGAUGGCAGCACCAGAAAAACCAGCAUUCUUCUGAAAUCACUCUAUCAUAUUACGGGUUAUUUCUUCAUAAGACUGUUCCAUCUGAACUACAUAUAUUUUAAGUAAUACAUUGUAAUCAUUAAGAAUGCUUCCAUAAAAGAGCUUACAAAAAAACAAACUUUUAAUGUUCAGAGUGUUGUAUUCAGCACAUGUGGAAAUUUGGCUGUGUAUAAUCUGACUAUAGCAUAACAAAUUUUGAUCUGUCAUCAAAAUGUUCCAGUACUUAUAGUAAAAAUUAGACAGGUUCCCACAAAUGGUACAUGUACUGUUAACAUAUUUUGAUGUAAAUCAUAGCACACUGUGCAGAUAGCCCAUAACAACUAGCAUGAGACAGUAAAGCUUAGUCAUGUACAUUUUAAAUGAAUAUGCUUAUUUCAUUAAAAGUUCCUAUUUUCCAUAACUGGAGCAGAUAAUCCCACCAUAUUGAUGAGACAGAAACCUUAAAAAAUAUAUUUUCUUUAUUGUGCACAGAAAGAGGUAAUAUAUAUGGCAUCAGGCUGCAACAAAGGUAGGUCUAAUGAACGUUUAACCCUAGCUGUUGCAUUGUUGAUGGCCUUUACAUUGUCAUUGCUCUAACAUGCAUAUAUAUAUAUAUGAUAUUACUCAAACAAGAUUACAGUGAACCCCCACCACCCCAGAAGAAAUGUGGGCAGAUCAUUUCCCCUGUUGAAUGAGAUUUCAUUAUAUCAAUGUACACAUACAGCCUGAUAUUGCUUAAGUUGCAGGUUUUUCAAAGGAGUCUGAUUUUUAAUCAAGGUGUACAAUACUGUGACAACUUUUUUUGUUUGCUUUGCUAUUUUCACAAUUUUUUUAUUAUUAUUAUUUGCUGAAAUGCUUUUAAUUUGCUACCUAAAAGAUCUGCAGCUAGCAUUCAUUUAUUCAUGUUGCUGCUAAGUAUGCAAUGCUGCAUGUGUGUGUGUUCUUCAGUGUGUGGUGCAUAACCAGGCUUUUUUCCAAAUAUGUUUCUUUGUGUUACAAACCUUGUACAAUGACUUUGUUUUCUGAAGGAGUUCCAGUUUCUUUUUGCUUAAUGGAGUCACAUAAGUGACUGGCAUCCAAAAACUAAAAAUUAUCAAACUGUAUCAUUAUAAAAAGUUAUUAAAAAGAAGCAGGCA